GAGAGAGAGAGAGAUAUAGAGAGAAGAGAGGAGGCGGGGGCAGCAAAGAAUUGGAGGCGCAUACGACCCCUAAAAUCGCGAUCAGAUCGCGCCACUGGUGAUAGAUAAGGGGAAAGCCCAAGAGAGGGGGUGAGGCGACUAGCUAAGCGCUGCUGUGGGGUCGCUCUUUCCUUCUUCCUCAUUCCCCUCCGCCUCCCCACUAAUCUCUAGUCUCUAAUCCAUCCACCACUCUCUCUCUCUCCCCCCCCCCCUCCUCUCUCUCCCUGAUCCGAUCAGCCACAGAACGAGGUGGGGAAUGGCUUGCUCCUCUCUGACCGUCUCCGGCGGUUCGGCGGUGAGCCGCUGCAUCAACCGGGCGCAGCAGGAGAAGCGCGGCGGGUCCGAUGCUCUCCCGCGCUUCGGCCUCACCACCUCCUUCUUUGGCUCCAACCUCAAGUCGCUGAGCGGUGGGUUGAGGAGGUCUGACGCCAAGGGAGUGAGCGUCAGCAGCAGGAAGCGAGGCGUCGUGGUGGUGCCCAAGGCGACCGCCGUGCAGACGACCUCGCCGACCGUCCAGAAGGCCGGAGACUCCCUCGUCGAGAAGUCCAUUAACACCAUCCGUUUCCUGGCCAUCGAUGCCGUGGAGAAGGCUAAUUCGGGACACCCGGGUCUCCCCAUGGGUUGUGCUCCCAUGGGUCACAUCCUCUACGACGAGAUCAUGCGCUACAACCCCAAGAAUCCUUACUGGUUUAACAGGGACCGCUUCGUGCUCUCCGCCGGCCAUGGCUGCAUGCUUCAGUACGCUCUUCUUCAUCUGGCAGGAUACGACAGCGUCAAGGAAGAGGAUCUGAAGGCUUUCCGGCAGUGGGGAAGCAGAACGCCUGGACACCCGGAAAAUUUCGAGACUCCUGGAAUCGAAGUCACAACAGGUCCUCUGGGUCAGGGUAUUGCCAAUGCUGUCGGGUUGGCACUUGCUGAGAAGCACCUUGCUGCCCGUUAUAACAAGCCAGACAUGGAGAUCGUUGAUCACUACACAUACGUUAUACUUGGUGAUGGGUGUCAAAUGGAAGGCAUUUCCAAUGAAGCCUGCUCCUUGGCGGGGCACUGGGGGCUUGGGAAGCUGAUUGCCUUCUAUGAUGACAACCACAUCUCCAUCGACGGAGACACAGAGAUUGCAUUCACUGAGAGUGUUGAUACCCGCUUUGAGGGAUUGGGGUGGCAUGUUAUCUGGGUCAAGAAUGGGAACACUGGAUAUGAUGACAUCCGAGCUGCCAUUGAAGAGGCAAAGGCUGUUAAAGACAAGCCCACUCUGAUCAAGGUGACAACAACCAUAGGUUAUGGCUCGCCCAACAAGGCCAACUCAUACAGUGUGCAUGGUAGUGCGUUGGGUGGCAAGGAAGUCGAGGCAACCAGGCAGAAUCUUGGAUGGCCAUAUGAGCCUUUCCAGGUGCCUGAUGAUGUGAAGAGUCACUGGAGCCGUCACACACCCCAAGGAGCUGCAUUGGAAGCUGAAUGGCAGGCCAAAUUCGCAGAGUAUGAGAAGAAGUACAAGGAAGAAGCAGCUGAGUUUAAGCAGCUUAUUUCUGGCCAACUUCCAGAUGGCUGGGAUAAGGCUCUGCCGACAUACACACCGGAAAGUCCUGCUGAUGCAACCAGGAAUCUUUCUCAACAAUGCCUCAACGCACUUGCGAAAGCACUCCCUGGUCUCCUUGGUGGUAGCGCCGAUCUUGCAUCUUCCAACAUGACCCUGCUCAAGAUGUUCGGGGACUUCCAAAAGGACGCCCCCGAGGAACGUAAUGUCCGUUUUGGAGUAAGAGAACACGCCAUGGGAGCCAUCUGCAACGGAAUUGCGCUCCACGGCGGUGGGCUCAUCCCGUACUGCGCAACCUUCUUUGUCUUCACCGACUACAUGAGGGCUGCCAUGAGAAUCUCUGCCUUGAGUGAGGCAGGGGUGAUCUACGUGAUGACCCACGAUUCCAUUGGUCUCGGAGAAGAUGGUCCGACCCACCAGCCAGUGGAGCACUUGGCGAGCUUCAGGGCGAUGCCCAACAUUUUGAUGCUCCGUCCUGCCGACGGCAACGAGACAGCCGGCGCUUACAAGGUCGCUGUCCUCAACAGGAAGACGCCCUCUAUCCUCGCCCUCUCGCGUCAAAAGCUUCCGCAGCUGCCCGGAACCAGCAUCGAGGGGGUUGAGAAGGGAGGAUACAUUAUCAGCGACAACUCCUCGGGGAACAAGCCGGACGUCAUCCUGAUCGGCACUGGCUCAGAGUUGGAGAUCGCUGCAAAGGCCGCCGAUGCUCUGAGGAAGGAAGGUAAGGCCGUCCGAGUGGUCUCCUUCGUUUCAUGGGAGCUGUUCGAUGCGCAGUCUGACGAGUACAAGGAGAGCGUCCUGCCGCAGGCCGUGACGGCCAGGGUGAGCGUGGAAGCAGGAUCGACGUUUGGGUGGGAGAAGAUCGUGGGGCCAAAGGGGAAGGCCAUUGGAAUAGACCGCUUCGGCGCCAGUGCUCCCGCCGGAAUCCUCUACAAGGAGUUCGGCAUAACGGUCGAUAACGUCAUUGCAACUGCGAAAUCCUUGUAGAAACACCGGCGGUUAGUGGGGUUGCCUUCUCGGAGAGAGGGGCACGUUGGUCUUGGGUUCUGCCGUAGCUCUCUCCUGUUUACCACCGGAUAUGACGCGCUGAAGAAAGGUUGGCUCAACGUCCAUGGCCCCUAAAUAAACGUAAGAAAAACCAGAAAAAAAAAAAACCAGUUUCUUUUCUUCUUUUGCUUGGUGGAAUAGAUGGAAGCGGUCUUUAGGUUCUGUAGGUUCUAAGAAGAUGAGAGGAACGAGGUUCCCCUCCCUUCCCUUUUUUGCCUUUUCUUGAUUGUUGAACAUUGUUCUCUACUCGAUUGUGAUGUUAAGAUGAACCUUACCUCUGUUGUGUGAA